AUAACAAUAAAUGGCUAUAGUUUGGAUUUAAUUUGGAUCCAAUGCAACUUAAUUUGUUAGACUAUUUUUAACGAUGGAUACUUAUUUUUUAAGUACUGGUACUUAAUAGAUACUCUAUUAAAAUAAAAUACAAUUGGAUACAUAAUAGAUACAUUUUCUUAAAUAAGAUUGGUACCUAUAUAUUUCAAUGUUACCUAUAGAAGUAAUCAAAGUCAAAUAUGUAGAACAGUAAAAAAAAUCACUUAGUUUGGAGUUUGGACUAUAAUAGUAUUAUUGUCCUCUUUUGUUGGCUAUAAAAAGUUAUAAGGGACCCUUUAUCACUCUCACUUCAGCUGAGGAAGUGAAGUGAAUAGUAGCUGCUAAAGGUUAUACACAAAUGGGGAGAAAGAUUGAAUGUGUGAUGGUGGUGGCUUUAGUGACCCUUUUGAAUAUUUGGUUUGCUUGUGUCGGUGCUUCAUCAUUAGAGAACAACAAUCUCAGAAGAAACCUUCUUGCUAAUGGUCUUGGUCAAACUCCUCCUAUGGGGUGGAACAGUUGGAAUCAUUUCAACUGUCAAAUUAAUGAAAAAAUCAUCCGACAAACUGCUGAUGCCCUUGUUUCUACUGGUCUAUCUAAGCUUGGAUACACUUAUGUCAACAUAGAUGAUUGUUGGGCUGAACUUAAUCGCGAUAAUAAGGGUAAUCUAGUGGCAAAGAAAUCAACAUUUCCUUCUGGUAUCAAAGCUCUUGCAGAUUAUGUUCACAGCAAGGGUCUUAAGCUUGGAAUUUAUUCAGAUGCAGGGUAUUUUACAUGUAGCAAAAAAAUGCCUGGUUCACUAGGUCAUGAGUUCCAAGAUGCCAAAACUUUUGCAUCAUGGGGCAUUGAUUAUUUGAAGUAUGAUAACUGUUUCAAUGAUGAAUCAAAGCCUACCGUGAGGUAUCCUGUUAUGACUCGGGCUUUAAUGAAGGCAGGUCGUCCAAUCUUCUUUUCGCUAUGUGAAUGGGGAGAUUUGCACCCAGCAUUAUGGGGUGCUAGAGUCGGAAAUAGUUGGAGAACUACUGGUGACAUAAAUGAUUCAUGGGAUAGUAUGAUUACAAAGGCUGACAGUAAUGAAGUUUAUGCUGAUCUUGCAAAACCUGGCGGCUGGAAUGAUCCUGACAUGCUUGAGGUUGGAAAUGGAGGGAUGACAAAAAAUGAAUAUAUUGUUCACUUCAGUUUGUGGGCCAUUUCAAAGGCUCCACUUCUUCUAGGCUGUGAUAUUAGAAAUGUGACUAAAGAGACCAUGGAGAUAGUCUCUAAUAAGGAAGUUAUUGCGGUUAACCAAGAUUCGCUUGGCGUACAAGCUAAAAAGGUUCGGAUGGAAGGUGAUGCUGAGAUAUGGGCAGGUCCUCUUUCGGGAUACAGGGUAGCUGUUGUGUUACUUAAUAGAGGCCCUCAGCAGAGUCUUCCUAUUACAGCCAAUUGGGAUGACAUUGGCAUUCCUCCAAAAACUGUUGUUGAAGCAAGAGAUCUUUGGGAGCACAAGACAUUGGAGAAACAUUUCAUGAAUAAGUUGAGUGCGACCGUAGAUUCACAUGCGUGUAAAAUGUAUGUGCUGAAACCAAUAGCAUAAUGUUACUUAGAUUGCAGGUUUUGGAAGCAGUGUUGUUAAUUGGAAAUAAGUUUGUUUAUUUCUGAGUAAAAUAAAAUGUGAACUUGUAUAUGAUCAGCUUCACUUUAUUUAAUAAACAUUGUUCGUUCA